ACGACAUUCUAAUGCCUCCCUCUUUCUCACCAUCGCCAAUUCUCUCUCUAUCUUUCUCGUCAUGUAUACUCCUUCUCUUCUUUUUGCUUUGGUUUUAUGAGUCUUCAAUGGCUACCCGUAUCAAAAUCUUGCGUAAAGAAAUCAGGGGUCGGUGCUAGAUGAGCAUUUCCAUCUCUUUUUGGCUGUCAAAAGAUACCCAAAAGCUAAAGUCUUAGUCUUUUUCUUUUAGGGGAUAAACUUACUUGUAUGGUACUGAAUUUGCUGUUCUGGAAGAAUGUGUUGUCAUGAGGGUACUUCUCAAGGCAUAUUUCAACCCGGGUUUUUAAGUUUCAAGCGGGAGAGAGCUAAUGUCAAGGAUUAAAAUGAUGUUUUUUGGCCGUAUGUGUUGGAAUUUCUGAGGAUGAUGCAAUAGUUGGAGUUUUCCGCUGCUCUAUCCCCUGUUUGUUCAGUAGUUGAAGAAGUUGAAUGCCCCAUUCAUCGGUCAUCGAGAAGGUUGCACAGAAGAAAAUCUGCUUUGGAUUGCCGAUUGUGGGAAUCGUAUAUGAUAGGAGCUUUCGAUGUAAUUAUCGAACCUUGUUUUGGUUGGUUGAUCAGAAUUCUUGAGUGCUAAUCAUUUUUAUGAACAAAUUAAGCUUUGAAGACGAUGUUGUGAUCUUGCCCGGGCUUAUCUUCAGAUGGAAUAGGGUUGAUUGCUGACAGUUUCAAUUCCAAAGGAAGCUACAACAAGGUUUUGCAAGAGCAGGGUCCAAGUGAUAAAGAAGAAAGUUGUGUUCGAGACCAAAAUGGGAAAGAGGUCUCAAAAACGUCCUAAGAGGAAUAAGAGGGAUCAUUCGGGAUGCAUGUGGGGCUUGAUUAGUAUAUUUGAUUUCCGCCAUGGUCGCCCGGCUCAGAAGUUGAUUACGGAUGCUCGGUACAGCAGCAAGCAUGCUGUUGGCGAGAAAAGUAUUGUGCAUUCGAAGAAUAAGUUUGAGAUGUUAAGCAAUUUGGAUGAAGAUUGUGAGAGCGACUUUGAUGGUAGAGAGAGCAAGAGAACAACGGUUACAACUGAUGCUGUUAAGCCUUGCGUGAAGAAACUCAUAGAAGAAGAGAUGUUGAUUAACCAGGAUAUGAAGAAGAAUAUACGUAGUGUUGAAGCAGAAUCAAAAGAAUCCAGAUUAAGGCUUCCAAGUCCCCUGAAGACAGAUUCCAAGAGAAAAAAGAAAUCUCGCAAGAAAAGCCAUGAUAUGGAUGCAGAGAGUUUGAAGUCUGAUGCAGCUUUUGAAUCAGAGCUCUCACAUAAUCAGCAUUCAAGGCAUCAGUCCAAAAGUAGUCUUGAUUUGGACAAUAUAAUGGAUGGUUUUUCUCGUUUUAAAGAUGCUUGUUCUGUGAUGGGUGACCAUGAUGGCGAAGUUCUUGCUCAACCGAAUGAGAAUGUUACGGCCGAAAACAAUGCCAAAGACGCAAUCUAUGAUUUUGUUAACCGGAUCAUAUAUGAUGAAAAAAAUCUGCCAGAAGAUGAAAAACUCGUUUGCUCACAGGAACUCAUGCAAGUACUUCAGGUUAUAAGUUCAGAUAAGGAAUUAUUUCUUAGGCUUUUACAAGAUCCAAACUCACUUUUAAGGAAACAUGUUCAAGAGCUGGGGAAUGCUCAGGGGACAGAUUUCAAAGAAUACAACCCAUUUACUGGCUUCAACAUGUCCAAACAAGAACCUAGCAAUCAGAGACAAACCACAGAGAUUGUCAACAACAAGCAGCGUAACGUUUUUUGGAAAAAGGUAAUGCCUCAAGAAAAAAGCCCAGCAAAAGGAAAUGACAACACUGGGUCUUCCAAGAGAAUUGUUAUCUUCAAACCCAGUCACAUGGACCUGCCAUAUUCAGAAACUGACAACAGUCUUGCCUCAUCCUUAGAUUCUCAUGAUAUAAACGAUCCCAAAGGUCACCAUGUUAGAGUUAGUUCACAUUUUUCUCUCGCAGAGAUAAAAAGGAAAUUGAAACAUGCUAUGGGAAAGGAGAGGCAUGGAUACCCUAGAGGGAUCUCCCAAAAACACUCUAUUGAGUGUCAAAAUAUGGAACAAGGCAGCAAAGUCUUUGGAAAAGACAACAAUGGAAUGAAAUCUCCCAAUAAGGACCAUUUCUUCAUUGAGAAAAUAGCAAGACCCACAUCUGAUGCUAAGAAAGGAGACAAGGCUGGUAAGUUGAGAGACACUGAGGUGACCACGGAACUGAAAAAUGACAGGUGUCUCAAGCAAAAGGAUUCCAACUUGUACACUGAGGCCAAGAAACAUCUGCAUGAGAUUCUGGGUAACGGAGAUGAAAACAUGGAUUUUUCAAGUCGGCAGAUCCCAGAAACCCUGGGGAGAAUUCUAGCUCUUCCUGAGUACAACCUUUCUCCCAUUGGAAGCCCUGGAAGGGAGCAUGAACAUCGCUUUGUGACUGCACAGACAAGAUUUUCUACUACGGAAAACAUUCAGGAGGCUAAUGAGGAUCUUCAUGCCGUUGCUCUUGGUCAUCCAGAUCAAGCAACAAACAAUCCAGAGAAGCCGUCGUGCAUUAUGAAUCUAAAUCCCCCAGCUAUUCUUACUCAUGAUGAUAAAGUGGAAGGAACCUGUUGUCAUCCUGUUAGGAAUGAGAUAGUUCCUGAAGAUUUAAUAACAAGAAAGGACCAAAAAUGUGACUCUGAGAUUUCUCAUGGCUCAAGACCUUCUCUAUGUUUGAAUCAGGAAAUCUCAGAAGAAAAUCAACAGCUAUUUUCUUCUCCAUCAUCAUCUCCUUCUCACUCUUCAAUCACAAGGAAAGUUGCAGGGAUGGAAAGUGGUUCAGAUGAAUCUGAGCGACCGAGCCCUGUGUCCGUUCUUGAGACACCAUUUGAUAUCAGCCCUGGGAAUACCAUAUCUGAACCUGAUAAAGUACCAGUGCAGCCCUUACAUAUUCAGUUUGAAGAUCAUAACUCUUCACCUUUGGAUCAAAUUGAAGGAGGAAAACUUUGUACUGAAGAAAGCAAGUUGGUAUUUGACUACGUUGAAGCAGUUCUGCACUCCUCUGGCUUAAAUAUAGAUCAACUGAGAAUCAAGGACCUUUCCUCAAACCAAAUACUGGAUCAAUCCUUGUUUGAUGAGGCAGGGUUUUUCCCUAAACACAUUUGUCAUGAUCAGAAACUCCUAUUUGAUUGCAUCAAUGAAGUGCUUGUGGAUGUUUGUCGGCAUUACUUUGGGAUACUCCCUUGGGCGUCAUUCCUGAAACCUAGCAUGAGGCCAAAACCAGAUAUGAAGAAGGUUGUUCUUAUGGUCUGGCAAAGAGUGUGCUGGCAUCUCCUUCCCUUUCCUCGGCCACAUACUUUGGAUCAGAUCGUUCAAAAAGACGUGGCAAGAAGUGAAACAUGGAUGGACCUUCGGGGUGAUGCUGCAACAGUUAUUAUUGAGAUGGGUGAUGCUAUUUUUGCAGAACUGAUGGAAGACACUGUAUUCAGUUGUGUAAGUGAAAGCCUAGAAAGUGAAUCCUCUCAACUUCAAUCUAAAUUGCAGGAAGAUUAAAUCCGCAUCAACAUGUAGAGGAUAAUCGAUCACCACUUGUUCAUCCCAACAGAUAAAUUCCCUGGUGAAGGUAAAGGAACGUAGGGAAGUUAUACAUUAUGCUUCAAGGGAAAGAAUUUGAUAAGACUGCUAGAGAAUUUUGGAGAUUCCUAAGCAGUGUUUCUCUUGGCCAUGUCUGACUUCUCUGAUUAGUGGUUAGAAUAGUGCGAAGGUGGAUAUUCAAAUAAGCAAACAGAAUUUUAGUUGGGAAUGCUUGAAAAAAAUACAGAAUAACACUUUUAUACUUCUGUCCAUUGUGCUUCACUUAAUCUAGCGUGAGUCGAAUUGCUGGUGAAAUUGUAGAUUUUGUAGAGUUUCAUAUGUUGAUAACAUGAUUUUGCAUUUCUUAAAA